CUUCUUUGUUUAUGUAGUGGCAGGCACAAAGUAGGAACAAAGAAACCAAGAAUAAUGUGUAGGAACAACGCUACAUUGAAAACUUGUUUCAAACAGAAUAAGAUUCUUCAAUUCAAACAAGAAUCAUUUUGUAUCAUAAGAAAAAUGCUAACCAGCUCAUAAUCAUAAACCUUUUUACUUCUCAAAGUUUUAAAAUCCACUUUUAAUCCUUUGCUAGCUCAUUCAUAAUUUUGGACUUCAACACUAUCUCUCUCUCUCUCUCUGAUUAAUUUCAUGACAGUGAAGGAUUAUUGUAUGGUGAUGAGGAUCAAUAUUGAUUGCAAUGGUUGUUAUAGAAAAGUGAAGAGAGCCCUUCUUGAAAUGCCAGAGUUGGAGAGUCAUUUCCUAGAGAAGAAGCAAACCAAGGUAAUUGUGUGUGGGAGAUUCAUCCCUCAAGAUGUUGCAAUCAAGAUAAAGAAAAAGACUAAUAGAAGAGUUGAGAUAUUAGAAAUACAAAAUUUGAGUGAAAACAAUGAAGAAAAUGUUGAAGAACAGAAACCAGUACCUAAUAGCCCUCAAAAACCAAUUGAAAGAAACGUGUAUGGUUUGAUAGAAACAAAGAGAGAAUUGCCUGCUCUCAACCAUAGAGUUCACUAUACAAAUCGUUCUUUUUAAUCUUUUGAAUAUCACUGAAUUUUGUAACUAAUCCUUAUAGUAGUAAUUUUCACAAUUUAUA